CCCCUCCGUGCGCCGAGUGGGAGAGUUUAGCAGACGCUGUAAUUCGGGUAUUUGCAUUGUGUUCUCAAAGUGAUGGCAGCUGGAACAGCCUUGGUUUAUGAUGGUGAAAUGAUCAACCAUAAGCUACUUUGGGAAGACGAAGCCUGUAAGAUUGAGGUCCCUGAACGGCUUUCUUCCUGCUAUGGCCGCCUCCAGCACUAUAACCUGAUUGAAAGAUGCAUUUCGGUCUCUGCCAGAGAAGGAACUGAGAGUGAAAUCAUGCUGAUUCACAGUAUGGAUUACGUGGAAAUUGUGAAGAGCACUGAGAAGAUGGAAAAAGGAGAGCUCCAAAAAGUCUCUGCUGAAUAUGAUGCUGUUUACUUUCAUCAAACAACGUAUCGUUGUGCCAAACUGGCUGUGGGAGCAACACUGCAACUGGUAGAUGCUGUGUUGUCGGGAAAGACCCGUAAUGGCUUGACUCUAAUAAGGCCUCCAGGUCAUCAUAGUCAAAGAAGUGCAGCCAAUGGAUUUUGUAUCUUCAAUAAUGUUGCUAUUGCGGCAAAAUAUGCUCAAAGAAAAUAUGGCCUGCAAAGAAUCCUCAUUGUUGACUGGGAUGUGCAUCAUGGACAAGGAAUUCAAUAUGCGUUUGAUGAUGACCCAAGUGUUCUCUAUUUUUCCUGGCAUCGGUUUGAACACCAGAAGUUUUGGCCUUGCCUCAGUGAGUCUAAUUAUGAUGCAGUUGGUCAGGGGAAGGGAAGAGGAUUCACCAUAAAUGUCCCUUGGAAUCAGAUUGGAAUGGGAAAUUCAGAUUAUUUGGCUGCAUUUCUUCAUGUCUUGCUUCCAAUAGCUUUUGAGUUUGAUCCAGAACUUGUUUUGAUUUCUGCUGGAUAUGACUCUGGAAUAGGCGACCCAGAGGGGCAGAUGAAAGCAACUCCAGAAUGCUUUUCCCAUCUUACCCAUUUUCUAAUGAAUUUAGCUAAUGGAAAGUUGUGUGCAGUUUUAGAGGGUGGAUAUCACUUAUGGUCACUCUCUGAAUCAGUCUGCAUGACUCUAAAAGCUUUGCUUGGAGAUCCUUUACCUCCUUUGUCUGGUGAAAUGAUGCCGUGUUUAAGUGCAAAGGAAUCCAUUCAGAAUGUGAGAGCUGCACAUAAGCCAUAUUGGAAGUGUUUGACAUAUGAAGAUGUAACUCCAGUGCAAGAUCUCAGUACUGUAUCCUGUCAAGCAGAGGAAGCUGAGGUUACACAGACCAAUGUGGAAUUCCUGAGUCCUCAAGAAGUUGGAGACGUCAAUGAAGUCAUCGAAACAGAUAGGUUUUUGGAGACGCAUAUGAAAAGCGUUUUGUCUUUGAAACCUCCUAUUAAAACAGCAGCCGCUGUUGACGACAGUGGCCUACACCUGCUCCCACCAACUGUUCACAUUCCAAAGGGACUGGAUAUGAAAGAGUUUGAAACUACUAUCAGUGCAUUUGAUGUGAAAAAUAUGAAAGAAGAAGCUCUAAAGUCACUCUUGAACAUGCUGGCUGUCCUUAACAAAAUCAUUAAAAAGGAGGUGAUCAAUGGGCUUGCAAUUUCAUCUACGCCUUCACUUUCUUCUGCCAUUGCACUAGCACAUUGUAGAAACCUGAAGGUACAAAAAGUCCUGUGUGUAUUUGUUGGUGACAUGGACAUAAAAAUUGAGUUGGAUGAUGACAAAGUCCUCUUAAUCAAUAUUUGUGCUAAACAUUCUGAACAAGUUAAUACCAAACACAAUAUCUCUCUCAAUUGGAAAGAAGUAAGUGUGGCAUUUUAUGGUCUUUUUUAUGACCCAAGUAUGAUUCAGUGAGAAUGCAAGGGCAUGAAUUUUGAGUUGAACUAUAUAUUCUGCAAUUUUCAUUGAUUUUUGAGUGUGGAUGACAUGCAAAUAUUUGAAUAUUGUGGUCCAACUGAGAAUUCUUCCUGCUGGAAAUGUACAGUUUGCUACCUAGAAUCAUCUAGAGUUGUGUGGGCUAUAAAUUUAACAACCAAUCAAUCAGUCUUGUAGCAAAUCAAUAUAUUUGGGAUAAACUGAAGAACCGCUAUGAUGGAAGAAAUUGACACAACAUUUUUACAAACGUUGAAACUUUAGCACAAUC